AUGCCCGGGGCCGCGGUGUCGCCGGUGUCGCCGGUGUCGCUGCCGCUGUUCCCGUCCCUGCCCGCGGGGCUGCUGUGCCUGCCGGGGCUGCUCUUCUUCCCGGGGCUCUUCCUGCUGGCCCGCCGCGCGCUGGCCGCCAUCGCCGGCUGUCCCCACGGCAGGGCCACCGUGCUGGCCGCCAGGCUGGUGUCAUCGGUGCAGGCAGUGAUGGCCUCCACAGCCGGGUACAUCAUCUCCAGCUCCUGCCACCACGUCAUCGAUGACCAGCACUGGCUGGCCGCGGCUUACCCGCCCUUCGCGGUGCCGUACUUCGUGUACGACGUGUACGCCAUGUACCUGUGCCACCUGCAGCGCGCCCAGGUGAAGGGACACGGGGACGCGCCCCUGGCCCCGCGCGCCGCCGCCGCCGCCUUCCUGCGCCAGGAGCUGCUGAUGGUGCUGCACCACGCCGCCAUGGUGCUGGUCUGCUUCCCCGUGGCCACCCUGUGGCGGCAGGGCAAGGGCGACUUCUUCCUGGGCUGUCUGCUGAUGGCCGAGCUGAGCACCCCCUUCGUGUGCCUGGGCAAGGUCCUCAUCCUGCUGCGGCGCCAGCACACGGCCCUGCACAAGCUCAACGGGCUGGCGCUGCUGGUGACGUUCCUGGGCUGCCGCGUGCUGCUGUUCCCGUACCUGUACUGGGCCUACGGGCGGCACCGGGGGCUGGCGCUGCUGCGCGUCCCCGCCGCGCUGCCCCCGGCCUACAACGCCGCCGCCGCCGCGCUGGCGGCCCCGCAGCUCUACUGGUUCGGCCUCAUCUGCCGCGGGGCCUGGCGGCUCUUC